AAAAAGAGUCAAAAUUGUCAAUCUGAAGCAAAUUAUGCACGUGAAAAUAAACGUUAUUUAAUACCGUUAAAAAUUCACACAGAUUAUAAGCCAAAUGGUUGGUUAGGACUUCUCGUAGCUGGGUUAAAUUACAUAGAAUUUGCUGGGAAAGAGUUUAACGAUGCAUAUGAUGAUUUAUUGGAACAAAUUCAACUGCAUCGAAAAGCUGCUAAAGCAGUAUGUCCAAAGUCAAAUCGCAUCACAACAACAGUGAAGUCUCCUAGAGCAGUAGAUCAAAAUUUAGAUCACGUCAUAGCAACAGUGAAGUCUCCUAUAACAGUAGACCCAAAGUUAAAUCGCACCACAACAACAGUGAAGUCUCCUACAGCAGUAGAUCCAAAUUUAGACCACAUCACAACGACAGUGAAGUCUCCUAUAACAGUAGAUCCAAAGUCAAAUCGCACCACAACAACAGUGAAGUCUCCUAGAGCAGUAGAUCAAAAUUUAGAUCACAUCACAACAACAAAGGAACCCCCUUCUUAUUCACGACGCGGUAUUAAGUCAUGGACAGAGAAAGAUGUUCGAGACUUUUUAACAGAUAAACACUUCGAAAUAAUGAUUCCAUUAUGUCAAAAUAAGGAUGGAUCCGAAUUGUAUGAAAUGUAUAAAAGGUAUGACAAGAAUAUUUUAGUUACAUGUAAAGAAUUAAACCGUCAAUUAGAACGAACACACUACGAAGUUUUAUUACCAAUUGAUUAUAAUCAAUUUUUUAGUGAAUUACAAUUGUAUGUACCAGUAACUUCUCCUAUUCCAUCGAGCGUCUGUGUCAUAAUGUGA